GCCGCCUCCAGCGCCGCCGCGCAGCCCCCCGCUCCCGCCUGGGCCUACGAACCCCGCGCUCCGGCCGCCGCCUCCAGCCCCGGCUGCAGCGGCGCCGGCGGCAGCCCCAGCCUCAAGGCCAGUUUAAGCUAUGAAGAAGGACACCCCUCACAGUCUGAACCAGAUAUCCUUCAGAGACAGACAUUUGCAGCCUCUCAUCAGCUUCCUGGCUAUGCCCCCACACCUCAACCAACCGGUCUCUCGGGAAUAUUUGACACUAGUGUGAAUAGUGACAGCACUAACACUAAAGAGUCUUCUGUGAUGAAUUUUCUUUCCUCUGUUGAGUCACGAGCUACACAAGCUGCUUCUUCAGGAACUACUCUUUUACCACAGUUCAGAACUCCAUCCUGGCAGACAGGCAUGCAUUCCUCAGCAGCAACUGAGUUGUUUGUUACUGGACCUUUGCCAACCACUGGAACACUUCCACCUUCUGCCCUCUCAGCUUAUCAGCAUCCCACCACCUUUAACAACAGAAACUUUGCUACCACCUCACCUUUGGUGCUUCAGGAUUCAAGUUUUAACACUGCAGCAAAUGGAAUUUUAAAUCCUCAUGACCCUUUGCUACAAAUUAAAACUUCCCAGGGAACUGUUCCAACUGCUUUGGCAUUUGAACGCCUGGGCAGUUCUGCAUUAAGUAACAGCUUACCACCUCAGUCUUCAACAUAUCGCUCAGCUCAAGAAUCUGCACCCCAUCUUUUACAACCUCAAUUUAGUUUGUUGCCUUCAGCUCUUGGGGGAGCCCAGCAAACUCCUCAAGCCUACAGUUCUACUAUCUUUUCUAGUUCUACUGCUUCCAUUGAAAGAGCUCUCCGAGAAUGUAGUGUUAUUAAACACCAUCAGCGGCCUUCAGGUACCCAGUCUAUUCAGGCACAACUGACUGGUUCACAGCAUUCCUUACAUAGUUACCUGUCAAAUGCAAACGUAGUUAAUUUUCAGGAAACAUCUAGGCAGUCAUCGUUACCUUGUAGUCCAAUUGGAGAGUCUACUCAGGUGAGCAAUGGAGUAUUGCAACAGAAGACCCCCCAGGUGUCGGAUCUUGCUCAGUCUUACUCUUCGGCAGUUCCAUCAUCAGGGUAUCCUUCUACUACAAAAGUAGAUAGCUGCUCUACAAAACUACCACUGACAUCAACUAAGACUCCAAAACCUCAAAGCUUAAUUCCUCCUGUGCAAACACUAAGCUAUUCCAAACCUUUACAUAACCAGAGUUCUGUAGUAUCAGGUCAAGCACAAAUUUAUUCUACAGCACAGCUACCAAGCCUUUUAUCAGUUAGUCAGUCCCAAAAUUAUGGGUUAGUACAGCCACAUAAUGUGCCAUCUAUUGUGCACUCACAGGUUUAUAGGUCCAACAGGGUUGAGAAAUUGCCAUCCUUAUAUAAAACAUUGGCUUAUUCUUUGUCAUCUCAGCCUAUAACUUCUGAAAACCAGACACUUAGUUAUUCAUCUAGUCAGCAAGAAGUAUUAUCUUCAAUUACAAAUGAGAAUUACCCAGCUCAAACAAGAGAUCUAUGCUCAGUCAGUCAAUCUCAAAGUUACUCAUCUGGUCAUUCUCAGGGUUUAUCACCAGUUAGUCCAACACGGGUCAGUUAUUCAUCUCAAUCGCAAAUUCUGUCAGUCAGUCCAUCAGAAAACUACGCAUCAGGGCAGUCCCUGACUUUAACAGCCCCCUCCCUUUCUUAUUCUUCUGCUUCUCGGGCUCAGAACUUGUCAGAUUCUAAUGCAACCCCAAAUUACAUUUCUAUGCAUUCUUCCCAAAAUGCUCAGACUCAAGAAUCAUCAUCACCCCAAGCCCAAAAGUUUUUGCCUGCUGUACAGUCAUCAUCUUUUGCAUCCUCUCCUCAUUGUCAGACCUUACAGAGUAAUAUACCUUCCCCUGAUCCGAAGUCCUAUGCUGAAAGAAAACUUGACUCAACUGUGUAUACGUCUUCAAAGCAAGAAGAUGAUUUUCCAAUGCAAGAGUUACAAACGUUACAGCCACAGGCAUCUCUUGAGUCAUCAAACCAAAGGCUGUCUGAUGGAGAAGUGAAUGCUCAAGAACCCAUUUAUAAGGCAUCCAAGGCAGAUGACAGCUAUUCUCAAAGUGUAAUCAGAAGUAAUUCCCAUCUUGAAGAUCAAGUUGUUGGGAUUACUCUACAGGGAUCAAAAAAGGAAGAAAACAUAGUUGGUUCAGUGACUCAACUUAACCAGCAAAUUGGCCAACCCAAUAAUGCAGCAACCCCUGAUCUCAAAAAGGCAUCUAGUUUGAUGCAAACACCACAAAUGAGGUUGAAUAAUAAAGAACUGAGCCAGCAGCAUUCUCUUACACAUAAAUUACAUGAGGCCAAGGUGCAAGAACAGCAUGAUCAAAUAAUUAAUGCCUCAUCUCAGAUUCAAAUUCCAAAUCAUGCUUUAGGGCAUACUCAUCAGGCAUCUCUUCCUAAUGCACAGGUCCUUUUAGAUUCUGCCUGUGAUUUACAGGUUCUUCAGCAUUCAAUAUUACAGGCAGGCUUAGGACAAGUAAAGUCAUCUUUACAGCGUGUUCAGAGUCCUCAACAAAUAGUACAUCCUUUCCUUCAAAUGGAUGGCCAUAUUAUUCAGAGCAAUGGUGAUCAUUCUCAGCAGCCACUCCACCCUCAAAAUUCAGAGAUUAUGAAAUUAGACCUCUCUGAGUCUUCAAAACCACUACAACAGCAUCUAACAACCAAGGGCCAUUUCAGUGAAACAAAUCAGCAUGAUUCUAAGAGUCAGUUUGUUUCUCUUGGAUCAAUAUGUUUCCCAGAGGCAAUGCUUCUCAGUGAUGAAAGAAAUAUUUUAUCAAAUGUAGAUGAUAUCUUAGCAGCUACAGCAGCAGCUUGUGGGGUUACACCUGAUUUUUCCAAGUCAACUUCAAAUGAUACCAUGCAGACUGUUGAAGGUGGUGAUCCUAAAUCUCAUUUUCAGCAGUCAUUAGAUGUCAGGCAUGUGACUUCAGAUUUUAACUCAAUAACAGCUACAGUAGGGAAGCCACAAAAUAUAAAUGACAUUGCCUUAAAUGGAAAUCAGGUUACUGUAAACCUUUCACCAGUACCUACCCUUCAGUCAAAAAUAACUCUUGAUCAACAGCACAUUGAAACACCUGGUCAAAAUAUGCCAACUAAAGUAACUUGUGCAGUGGUUGGACCAAGUCAUGAAGUCCAACAGCAAAGUUCUGGGUCCUUCAAGAAACAGUCUGCUACCAAUCAUGAGUCUGAAGAAGACAAUGAAGUUCCUGUUGAUAGUACAUUAAAUAAUAACAGAAACCAAGAGUUUGUUUCUAGCAGUAGGAGUAUUAGUGGAGAGAGUGCUACAUCAGAGAAUGAGUUUACCUUAGGGAGUGAUGACAGUAUGUCAGUGAACCCUACUAGGAGUGCACUUGCACUGUUAGCUAUGGCUCAGCCUGUUGACACAACCACUGCCAAGGUUGAAGAGGAAAACCAAGAUUUAAUACAGUUUAGCCUUCCAAAGAAAAAAGGUAAAGGAAAAGGGCAAAUGAAAGAGGAAGACAAUAGUAAUCAAAAACAGCUAAAAAGAUCUGCCCAAGGUAAACGCCAGAAUCCCAGGGGAACAGAUCCAUAUUUACCAUAUACAUCACCUUCCUCAGAGAGCUGCCAUGAAGGAUAUCAGCAUCAGGAAAAAAUGAGACAGAAGAUCAAAGAAGUAGAGGAAAAACAGCCAGAAGUAAAAACAGGAUUUAUUGCCUCUUUCUUAGAUUUUCUGAAAUCUGGGCCCAAGCAGCAGUUUUCCACUCUUGCUGUCCGCAUGCCUAACAGGACCAGACGACCAGGGACCCAGAUUGUUCGUAGUUUUUGUCCCCCACCACUUCCAAAGACCUCAUCCACAUCACCAAUGCCUUCAGUUUCAGAAACUGGGAGUGUCAGUCCAACAGAAAAGGCUGAUAAUGAACUGAAAAACUUGGAAAACUUACCUUCAUUUUCUUCUGAUGAGGAAGAUCCUGGAGUGUGCACUCAUGAUAUCUAUAAAAGCAUUUCUGCUCCCUUAACUGCAUUGGAUGCUACUGCUGAUAAAACAAAGAAGACAGUUUCAGAUGCCCUGCCAGUGGUAACUCGUAGCCCAUCUACCAGUACUACUAGUACUGCUGCUGUUUCCUCCACCACUGUUGGUGCAGCUAAGCAAGAACUUCACUCUACUUCAUCUGCAACAAACAUCCUGGAAAAUAUAAACUGCACCGAACCCCCAAAGCCUGAACUUGAUGGUCUUCCUUCAGACCAGUUUGCAAAAGGACAGGACACUGUUGCCAUAGAAGGUUUUACAGAUGAGGAGAACACAGAAAGUGGAGGAGAAGGCCAAUAUAGAGAGCGUGAUGAAUUUGUGGUAAAGAUAGAAGACAUAGAGACAUUUAAGGAAGCUUUAAAGAUAGGAAAAGAACCUCCAGCUAUUUGGAAAGUACAAAAAGCUUUAUUGCAGAAAUUUGUUCCCGAAAUUCGAGAUGGUCAAAGAGAAUUUGCUGCUACAAAUAGUUACCUUGGAUAUUUUGGAGAUGCAAAGACUAAAUACAAAAGGAUAUAUGUGAAGUUCAUUGAAAAUGCAAACAAAAAAGAAUAUGUCAGAGUAUGUUCUAAAAAGCCAAGAAGUAAGCCUUCACAAACUAUCAGAACUGUUCAGGCCAAGCCAUGUAAUAGCAAUAAAACUUCGGAUCCUCCAACAUCAAAAAUGACUACAACUUCAAAAGCCCCUUCCAUGAAACCCAAAGUUAAACAGCUAAAAAUAAAAGCUGAGCCACCACCAAAGAAACGGAAGAAAUGGAAAGAAGAGUUCUCAUCCUCGCAAUCUGACUCGUCUCCUGAGGUCCAUUCUAGCAGCAGUGAUGACGGGGAAUUUGAUCCUCCAGCUCCCUUUGUCACUCGGUUUUUGAACACAAGAGCAAUGAAGGAAACUUUUAAGAGUUACAUGGAAUUGCUUGUUAGCAUUGCUCUGGAUCCUGACACGAUGCAAGCCUUAGAGAAGAGCAAUGAUGAACUACUUUUACCUCAUAUGAAAAAGAUCGAUGGCAUGCUAAAUGACAACCGAAAAAGACUUCUUUUGAAUCUUCAUUUGGAUCAAUCAUUUAAGACUGCUUUGGAAAGUUUUCCUGAACUAACAAUAAUUACUCGAGACUCUAAAGCAAAAACUGGAGGAUCAGCUAUUUCUAAAAUCAAAAUGAAUGGCAAAGCUUAUAAUAAGAAAACUCUAAGAACUUCCAAAACAACUGCUAAAUCUGCUCAAGAGUUUGCUGUUGAUCCAGAGAAAAUACAGUUGUAUUCUCUGUAUCAUUCACUCCAUCAUUAUAAAUAUCAUGUGUAUCUGAUAUGUAAGAAUGAGAUUUCUUCUGUGCAGAAAAAAAAUGAAGACUUAGGACAGGAGGAAAUUGUUCAACUUUGUAUGAAAAAUGCAAAAUGGGUGGAGGACCUAUUUGAAAAAUUUGGAGAACUUCUAAACCAUGUACAGCAGAAAUGUUCCUAACAUUUCCACAAACACCCCACCAUUUUUAUAGCACUAAUGAAAUGGCGGAGGGAGUCAUCACAGAUAGUCAUCAAACAGCGGUGCAGGCAUGACAGCUUCCAUCAGGGAACUUUCACCGGGACUUCUGCUAAAGACAGUGGUGCUGCCACAGAUGUCAGUCCUUAGACAUCACCUUAAUCCCACCACAUUUUUAUCCUAAUGAAUGGUUUUUAUUUUGUUAAACCAUUGGGUAACUGAGUUUUGUUUUUUACAAAUGAUGAAGCAUGCACUAAAUAUAACUUUUAUUGCCAGAGAAAUGACACUUAAUUUGAUUUUUUUACCCUCCCUAACUGAUUAAAUGUCAGAAUGAGAGAGAUGGCAGAGUCACCUCCGCUUGAGCCACAAAACCGAAAGUAUUGUACAUUGUGUAAACAGAUCUGGUAGGACAUGACAUCCUUGUGUGAGAAUAUCAUCAAUUUAAAAUAUAAAAUUCAGAAACUGCAUUCUGCUUUAUGGACUCUUUAACAUGUUCAGGAAACUGGAUGUGGAAUUGGUGCAAUUCUAUGACUGCUUUUUGUGUCAAAUUAUAUUGUGAUGAAAAACAGUGACAUACUAUUUUCCCUAUCACAAAGAAAAGUAUUUUCGUUUAUACUGUGUCUUUUCCUUUGGAAGAUUUUCAGCUGUACAUUUUAUUUUACUAAUAGUUGUAUUUUUCACAAGGAAAAUGCUGUGGUUAUAAUUAUGCCUCUAUAUCUGUACUGUACUUCAUCGUUUUCAGUAAAUCCUAUUUAGUCAUAUGUCAAAUAUCUAUCGUGAAUUCUAUCUUGAGGUAAUCAUUUUUGUUCAUAAAGGUUUGUUCCAGUGUUACUCACAAUGUGCACUCAGUGCUAGAAUUAGUUUAGCUUUAUAAAUGGGGCUGUGUUAAACACUGCAGCAGUUUUCUUAAUUCAUUUCCAUAAAUUUUUUACUAAAUUAGCACUUGAUAUAAACUGAUUUGUCAAAGUAAAAAUCUGCAUGAUACAUGUUGAAACAUGAAACUAGUAAUCAGAUAAUAUGCAGUGCUACGAACAGCUUCCCUAACUUAGAACUGGAAAUGGAAUUCUCCGUUUGGUGCCUUUUAACCUUUAUACACACUAUCGUAGCUUUCUUAAGUUUAAUAGCUAAUGUUCCAAGCAGUUUAGCUGAGACAGUGAAUAUACUGGUUCAACAAGACCUUAUAUUUCAUUUACAUUUGCCAAACAGGAUGCCUUAUUUGUUUAUG